GCGCAGUUCAAAUAUUAUCAAAAUAAGCACUCUUAAAUUUCUGCUGUCUUUCACUAAAAUCCCCGUGAUCAUACCAGAAUUGAACGGUUUGGAAUCACUGAAGAAAUUCGUAAACACAAUCAUUAAAAUGGCAGUGCCGGUCGAUCAGGUGAAGGCUUUGCAUGAAGCUGGGUUGUUUUCAAGCUCUAGAAUGUUGGCAAAUUUUUUGUUUUCUGCAACUGAACAUAGCAAUCAGGAUAAAUAUGAUCUCAGUCAUAUGGUUAACAAGUACCAACUGUUGGUGUACUUAGCUGAUUCAUUGUUUGAUGAUGAACAAUACAAAAGAGCAGAGCAAUUUUAUACCAGAGCUUUACAACUGAAGAAAACUAUCAUCAAACACAAACCAAAAGCAAGUCCACCCUUGGGUCUGUUGUCAGAGGUUGAAGUGAAAUACAAGAUGUCGCAGUGUUAUUUACAUCUGAAGGAACACAGAGAAGCAACAACAAUUUUGGAAGGGAUAUCCCAGAAACAAAGAUCACCAAAGAUAAAUAUGUCUCUGGCUAAACUGUAUCAAAGACAAGGCAUGGAGAGGUCUGCUAUUUCAUGUUACAAGGAAGUGUUGAGGGUGUGUCCUUUAGCUCUAGAAGCUGUGAUUGGUUUGUUAUCAUUGGGUGUUCCUGGCUCUGAAGUAACAUCACUUACUACAUCAUCAACUCCAGGAAUGGACUGGCUUGGUUCAUGGAUAAAAGCACAAGUCUUGGCAGCAUCAGGGAAGCAUGCAAAGGGGGCUCAAGCACUGAAGAGCUUAGAAACACAGAGCUUGCGUGAUAAUGUGGAAUUACUGUGCAAUGCUGCUGAGAUGUUUUACAAUGCUGGGGAUUACAAUAAUGCCAAGUCUUUCUUCCAAAGGGCUCAUUCACUGGACCCAUUCACUGUCCAGGGUAUGGACACUUACGCAUUUUUGUUGUCACAGAGUGGAUGCAGUAACAGUGAUGGACUUGAGAACUUUUCUGAUGCACCAUGGCCUUCAAGCAGUGAUUUCCUUGGGGCGAGAAAACUUUUUUCUGUUUCAACUGUGGGUAUUCAGCCUGUAAAUAAGAGAGGAAAAUAA